UGCCCAGCAAUUGAUGUCAGGCGAGUCAGUUUGACACCCCAUUCUCCAUUAAGCUACACCUUAGAAGAGGUUCGAUUAGAAAUGUCCCAUCAUAUUAAGCACAAACCGAGCUCUAGCAGCAUCUCGGCGAAGGAUCAGGAUGAAGCUGACUCAGGUGAUAGAAUUAUUUGCCGAAAUAAAGCUCCCAGGAAAUUGAGACGUUUCCCCUCUAAAGAGGACUCCUCUAGGAAGUCUUACAGUCGCUCUGACUUAUCCAAAGAACAGUUUAUCGAGGGUCAGGAUUCUUCAGGCCACAGAUACUCUACGAAUGGAAAUGGGAAUUUCUCUCACAGAACCAACACACAUAGUAAUCAUUCAAAAGAAAGCUAUUUAGGGGCAGAGCUCGAAGAUAUCCCCAAGGAUACAGAAUACAUUUCAAGUGAUCAGGACGAGAUACACUCCCAGACUGAGCCAAGUGCAGAAUCCACUGACCGAUCCAAGAGCUUUAGCCAGAUCUAUAGCGAAAUCUUCGAGGAGUCUAAGGAACGACAACAAAAGGCAGAGCGGGCUUGUCGGGCCUACAAAAUUAAGAAAUCUAAGCUGCAUAGGACCCUUGAAGUAGCUGGAAGUGGGAACUAUGAUGGUGAAAGCAGUCUGGGAUCGGAGUAUUCCAGUAACCUGGAUCGGAGAUCCUUUGAAUUUGACAACCUAUCUACAGACAAAUCUUUAACUAGGGAUAAAAGCUCUUUUAGAGAAUUGGAGGAUCCACUGAUGCGAGGGGCAAAAAAAACAAAAGAGCUUAGAUCAAAACGUUCCCAAUUACCUUUAAACAAAACAGAACUUAGAGGAAGAAGCAGUUUUGAAGAAAGUCAAGAGACUAGAAGUUCCUUUACAUAUCAUUCGGAAAAUAAAUGUUCUGAAGAUUCUUUGGCAUAUAGACAGAGAUCAUGCGUAUGCGCACAAGAGUCAUCGGUUUGUAGCCUUUGCUCUUGUUAUUCCAGAUCAAGAAAACAUCGUUAUAAGGGCCACAAUGCGGAGUUGACUGAUGGACGCGAUUACCCUGUAGACCGCAGAAGUGAAAUUCCAUCAACUGCGACAUCACAAUCUCGCUCGCAAAGAGAUUAUCUUUCGGGCUGCAGCACACGCCAUCGUCAUCAUCAUCAUUAUCGUCACCAGAGGAGUCUGCCCAAGACGUAUCAAGAUCGUGGAAAUAGUCCCAUUAAUAUCAAGACGAGGCGAAAAACGCACGACAUCGAAAUUGGAACCGAGCAAGUGAGGGAGGGCUUUCUUGGCAGAUCAAAUGCCUCUGUCGGGGUGCAAUAUCCCAGUGAGGAUGAGACCGAGGACUGGAAUGACGAAAGGCCUAGUAGUUUUUUGGAUAUGGAGAAUGGUGACCCAAAUGAGUCGGAAAUUCAAGAAGAUAGUUGGUUGAGCUAUAACGAAGAGAAAGGAUUAGUCCUCAAUAAACCUCCAAGUGGGUGUGAUGAAAGUAUAUUGACGGAAGGGGAAUCAAAUGUUCAGAGCAUCGACAGAACCGAUGAUUAUCGUAGUGUUACCACAGAAGAGGCAGUUCAAAUUCCGUACGAUAUUGAUGAAUAUACGUCCUAUGAUGAACUUAGUUAUCCAGUUGGUGACAAAGAGACGAACAAAGGCGAAGAAUAUGAUGAUCUAACUAGCCAUGAUGAAAUCGAGAUUCUUUCCGAUGACUAUGAUGAUACGAUAACCAGGAAUGAGGUCAGCACUGAAGAUGGAAAUCAACAUGAUCAUUCCGAGAACGAUAGCUAUAUAAAAGCCGAUCAAAAAUUAAGCAAAGAAGUUGGGGAAGAUACACCUUCAAGUACAGUAGCUAAGUCGAAAAGCUUCCUUAGUCUUAAGAUAUACGAUGCUGAUGAGGCCCUUUUGGAGAUUCCAAAGGACUUUGAGGGUCCUGCCAUAUUUCUAGAUGAUGAUGCCGACUUUUUGGACAUCACGUUGACCGACGAUGAGGAGAAGAUCCGUGCUAAGUUGAUGGCAGCCGCGCUGACUACCAAGAAGAGUACCUCCUCCUUUAGUGCCGAAAGCAGUCUGAAGUCCCGUAGGUCUACUGAGCCUAGCGUAUUGAGCUACAAGCCCAGUGUUAUCUUUACUCGCCGAUCGGAGGCGUUCAAUGACGAUUAUGUUCCCAAGCAAAACGAUCGCAUAGCGCUUUUGGCCGAGAAGUUAUUAAACAGCUUGGGCGAAACUUCCCCCGGGGAAAGGGGUAGGCAGCCCCCGGCUGAUGAGGUGUCUUCUGCUGACUUCAAGUCGAAAGCUUUGGAAGAAAGGGAGCUUAGCAGAAAUAACUGUGAGAUACCACUUUGCACCGAUCGUCAGUUGCUGUCUAAGGAGUUCAACAGAAAGGUGCAGCGCCAACUUAAAGUAAUUGGGGACAAUUUUCGAUAAAUUUUAUGGGAGCAUAUAUAUUUUGUAUUUGCAAUUACGAAUUACGUUACAUGGAAUAUAGCCCAAAGUUUGUUCACAGCA